GCUGCGCGUGCGCAGAGUGUGUUAGGCCGUAGUUGCGCACUUGUAAUGAGGAGGAGGGUUGUUGCUGUUGGCAGAUUCCUGUGAGCAUCGCUGGAGCCUUCGGUGGGCCGCCUGAGGACUCCGGACGCGCAGAGCUCUGUAUGGAGAGUGGAGAAUGGCUCCUUUCCCGGAAGAGGUGGAUGUGUUCACCGGGCCGCACUGGAGGAUGAAGCAGCUGGUCGGGCGCUACUGUGACAAGCUUUCCAAGACCAACUUUUCCAACAACAAUGACUUCCGAGCUCUUCUGCAGUCCCUUUAUGAGACCUUCAAGGAGUUUAAGAUGCAUGAGCAGAUUGAGAAUGAGUGCAUCAUUGGCCUGCUGCAGCAACGUAGCCGGACCGUGUACAAUGUACACUCUGACAACAAGCUGUCUGAAAUGCUCGUUCUGUUUGAGAGGGGUCUGAAAAACAUUAAGGAUGAAUAUGAACAGCUGAACUAUGCCCAGCAACUGAAGGAGAGGCUGGAGGCUUUUACCAGUGACUUCAUUCCGCAUAUGAAGGAAGAGGAGGAGGUAUUUCAGCCAAUGUUGAUGGAAUAUUUUACCUAUGAUGAGCUGAAGGACAUUAAAAAGAUGGUGAUUGCCCAGCACUGCUCUCAGAAAGACCCAUCCGAGCUCCUCAGAGGUCUCAGCCUUUGGAAUGAGGCUGAAGAGCUGCAGAAAGUGCUCAAGUAUUCAGUGGAUGAGAAAGCAGAGGAGGAUGAAAUCACAGCUAAGCCAAGCACUGUAUCUAUUUCCCAUCUUCCUCCAGAGGUAAUGCUGAACAUAUUCAGUUACCUUAAUCCACAGGAGCUGUGUCGCUGUAGUCAAGUAAACAGCAAAUGGGCACAGCUGGCAAAAACUGGAUCUCUUUGGAAGCAUCUUUACCCAGUGCUGUGGGCCAGAGGAUAUUGGUACAAUGGAGAGCCUACAGACCUUGACACAGAACCGAAUGAGGAAUGGAUUUCCGGAAGGAAGGAGGAAAGUCGUGCAUAUCAAGAGUGGGAUGAAGAUGCGGAUAUUGACGAAUCUGAGGAGACAGAAGAUGAUGGUUAUUCCUCCUCUAUCUGCGUGGCUCAGCAAGAAAAAGAAUUCCUGUAUGGCAUCAUUCAUAAUGUUCUCCCCUAUGUUGGACACUCAGUGAAAACACUUGUUCUUGCCUACAGCUCAGUAGCUAGCAGCAAAAUGAUACGUCAGAUGCUUGAGUUUUGUCCCAACUUGGAACAUCUGGAUCUUACUCAGACAGACCUUUCUGAUUCGGCAUUUGAUGGAUGGUGUUUUGGCCAUUGCCGGAAUCUUCAGCAUGUUGAUUUGUCUGGAUGUGAGAAAAUUACAGACCUAGCCUUGAAAAGACUGUCCCUUGCUCUAGGCAUCCUACCAUCGUACAAGAAAGGCUUGCUGAAAUGUCACCAGAACAGUAAAAAUUCUAAAACCUGGGGAAGCCGAGACAUGAGUCAAAGGAUGAGGACUAGCAAUGUUCAGUGUAUUGGGGGCCAGUGUGUAUUACUUUAUGGCGGGGAUUACACCACUUCACCUGUGUGGAUCCUGGAUUCUGAGCGCCUGGCCGACAUUGAAGAUGCAGCAGACUGGAAGUAUAAACACAAUGGACUCUGUGUUUUGGACUUGGCAUCCAGUCGUAAUUGUUUUAAUGGUGGUAGCUGCGUCAGGAAGCAGAUACCUGGAUUGAGGACUAGUGUCAGCUGGCAGCAGCAGUGCUACUCCAGUAGUUAUACUAAUUGUGGCCAUUCGUUCUGCUCAGCUGGUGCUAAGCUAAGGACUAUACAAGCUCUCCCAGAGUCCUCUGUACUGUGCAAAAUAGGAAAAAGGACUCCUCAGUCAGAGGUCAGAGACUCCUACUCUGGGAGCGCAGAAACUGAAUCUAGUGCUGCACGUGUUUUACAAUUUCUCAGUCUUUCUGGAUGUCAUCAGAUCACAGACCGUGGUCUCAGGGCGUUGACUUUUGGUGGAGGAUUACCAUACCUGGAACAUCUAAACCUUUCUGGAUGUCUCAAUGUGACUGCGUCAGGCUUACAGGAUCUGGUGUCGGCAUGUCCCUCUCUUAAUGAUGAACACUUCUACUACUGCGACAACAUUAAUGGUCCCCAUGCUGAAACCGCCAGUGGAUGCCAGAACCUGCAGUGUGGUUUUCGGGCCUGCUGCCGAUCUGGUGAAUGACCUCUCCUACCUCCCCCACUCAUCUGAGCAGCCAUUCUUUCAUGCACUUUACCCUUUCUAGCACAUGUUGUGUGUUCAGGAAUCCUUCUGGAGUUUUUCCUUCUGAGUUGCAUUCAUCAUAUAGUCUUUGAGCAAACUGUCAAGCGUAGUAACAGUUUUCGCUUAAUAAAAUCUUCAUUCCCCAA